UAACCUGUGUGCACAGCACAAUGGCCCAGUGAUAAGACAAUUGGGGGUCAUUGAGACUCAUUAUUUAUUGCCACAUUAUAACUGCCCACCCCUCUGACACACUGCCAGUAAUCCUCAGCUAAUUCCUUAGGUACACAAUGACAGGAUUAUAUAGCACAACCUGCUCAAACAGGUAGCACGUUGUCACUGAGGCCUAGUCUCAUUCAACAUUAACCAGCAAGAUUAAACUUGUAGAGAAAUGUGCGCUUUUAUUUUUGUGUGGACAUCAGAGGUCUGGCAUUUAAAGAUUGGUGUUUGUGUGUGUGUGACUGGGGAAAUUUAUUAUGCAGUGAAACAUAUUCCAAAGCUAUGAAAUACACAAGUAGCUUUGUAGAUAGUUGGUACUGUGAGAGCCCCUAUCAAGUAAUGUCCCCACGGGAUAUCUAUGCAUUAGAUGAUGUUUGUGUAGAAAAGAUGCGAGAGGAAUCACUACAGGACUACCAGGUGUUGAACCUCCUAGGAAAGGGUGGAUUCGCAUGUGUGUACCGUGCUCGCGCCAUCAAAACUGGCCUUGAAGUGGCCAUCAAGAUGAUUGACAAGAAACUGAUGAAAGCAGCGGGUAUGGUGGCCAGAGUAAAGAAAGAAGUAGAAAUACACUCCAGAUUAAAACACCCGUCUAUACUUGAGCUAUACAACUACUUUGAAGACAACAACUAUGUGUACCUCGUCCUAGAGAUAAGCCACAAUGGUGAGCUCAAUCGCUACCUCAAGGCCAACUGCAAGGUGCUCACUGAGGCAGAAGCUCAACACUUUAUGCGACAGAUAGUCAAGGGGAUGCUGUACCUACACUCCCAUGGAAUCCUGCACCGUGACCUCACGUUGGCCAACCUCCUCCUCACCCGCAACAUGGAUGUGAAAAUUGCUGAUUUUGGUUUGGCUACCCAGUUAAACAUUCCUGAUGAAAAACACUUCACAAUGUGUGGAACUCCCAACUACAUUUCACCUGAAAUUGCCAUGCGCUCAGCACAUGGACUGGAGUCAGAUGUGUGGUCUCUUGGCUGUAUGCUGUACACAUUCUUGGUGGGCCGACCUCCUUUCGAUACAGAAGGUGUGAAGACUACGCUGAACCGUGUUAUCCUGGCUGAGUUCCACCUGCCUGACCACAUAUCUAAUGAGGCAAAGGAUCUCAUUCAGUCUCUUCUCAAGAAAAACCCAAAGGAGCGCCAGAAUCUCAAAGAUAUACUCACCCAUCCCUUCAUGAUGAAGGAUAACAGCAAUAGCCUCAGUAAGGGCUCACAGGGCUUCGGAGAGACAUCUAUUGACAGUGGCAGGGGUACCAUGGCAACUAUUUCAUCAUCACGGGUAUCUAGUCAUCCAAAGCCACGCCCCUUCCCAGCAUUCCCUCUGGGAUCCCAGAUUUCUGAGGAUGAGGAGAGUUUAGAAGCUGCUAAGAAACAAGGAGCUGAGCAAAAUGAGGUGUUUUUCCCCAGAAAGGGGGUACCGCCUCCUUCCAACCCUAUACUACGACAUCCACCCUCUCCACCGGUGCGCCUCCGGGACAGUGACAAAGAAGCUCGGUUAGGCAGCCAGCGCUCGACUGACCGUUACAUGAGAACCAACAGCCAGGACAAGUCUCAGGAAUUAUAUGGGGCACCGACCUUUGACCCUACCAAAUACCAGGAGACCACACCCAACAGUUCAACAGGCUGGUCUUGUAGUCUUAGUACCCAUAGUAAUGACCCCCGUGGGCGCUUUAGUCCCCCACAGUUGAGUGACAGCAGCAAGCCCUCCAUUAGUUCUGCUCUGUCUGACCUGUCCUCUCAGGAAGGUACAGAGUUCUCCCUCCAGAACACUAAAAAGUUGCUGAAUUUUGACGGGGAUGCAAUGGGUAGCUGGCAUGAACGGUGUCCACAGCCGGACCAUAAGACUGGCCAGCGCUACCAAGACAGUCAUGGUCACUCUAUGGAGGACAUGCUAAGCUCCAACCGAUACCAAAACACAGACAUCAAAACUGUACACAAUAGUGCCAAAGCUAGUAGCUCCAGCAAGUCAAUACGUGAUGUGGUUUCACCCCUGAACUCGUCAAGGCUGCGACACAUCAGACAGAGGACACGAAAUGCCAUUGUGAACAUUCUUGAGUGUGGGGAUGUGUGUCUGGAGUUCCUCAAGCAGAAACAGAAGGUGGAAAAAGUGGUGGAGGUGUUUCUCAUAUCUGUAGACGGACAGACAGUCAACAUUUACCAGCCAAACAACGGGCGCGGUGAACCUGUGUGUGAUGUUCCGGUCACUCUACCUCCUGUUCCCUCCAAAUCCUACACCUUCGACACACUCCCAGAAAAAUACUGGAAAAAGUACCAGUAUGCUGCAAGGUUUGUGAAGCUGGUACGAUCCAAGACGCCGAAAGUGACUCUCUUCACCAGCCGAUCCAAGUGCAUGCUGAUGGAGAACUCGCCUGAUGCUGAUUUUGAAUCCAUAUUUUAUGAUGGGUCGUAUGUAGUGGAUGGGACAGUGAGCUCCAGUGGUGGGGUGGGCAGGUCUGCCCCCCCUCGCAGUGCCAAAUUUACAAUAAAUUCAACAAAUACAAGAAUAAUAGAAAAGUCAGGGACAUCGUUGGUGCUGGAUUCUGCAGCUGCAGAGGAGAGAUUAACGGAGGAUACACAGAGACUGCUUGUUUAUGUCAAACAGUGUCGGCACCAGUGUCUGGAGAUAGAGUCAGUGAUCAGUGCGGUACAACAGAGAUGUGCACUCAAAACACAAUUCUUCCCCAUCAUUAUUGGCAGCCGUCCAAAAAACCAGAAUUUAAAUGACUCUGGUCGGUCCACAUCAACAAGUGGGACAGGGCCCAGUUCUGGGGCGUUUGAGAACAUGAGCUCACCUUCCUCAGGAUCACGACCUUCUCCUUCUGUGAUGACCUCCUUUGAUGGUACUGUUGUCAGUACGAUGACUGACUGUGUUGACCAAUCUGUGGACGAUUCCCAGGACCGUACCCUCAAGUCUGAGGCUGUGCGAUUAUCAGCAGAGAGGCUGGGGAUUGAGAGACAUAAUGGUGGGGCAGAGAGACAAGGCACUGGGACAGAGCGAGGGGCCAACACCAGUCCCACCUCCAGUCAUAGUGGGGGGAGUCAGCUAAGGAAGGGUGGCCAUGACAUCACACGCCAAGUCUACGUGCCUGAUGUUGGCAUUGCCUCUCAGCUCACAAAUGGCGAGAUUUGGGUCAAGUUCAAUGAUGGCACUCAACUCGGUGUACGCUCAACUACAACAACAAUUAAAUUUGUUGAUACACAGGGCAAGCUCUUCAGGUUUCAGAAGACUGAUAUUUUGCCUGAACUUGUGAAGUCACGACUCGGGAAGGUGCCUGUUGUGUUGGAGCACCUUCUACAACAAGAGCGCUCUGUGGUGGGACACAACAACGCACGAUAGCACAUACCAGUUGUCAACGCAACACGCUUCCUUAUAGUGCCAUAUUGAACUUGUUUUACUCCCGUUCACUGUCGUCUCACCUGAAGAAUUGAGAUUCUCUUGCUUGAUUACUUGAGAACAUUGACAUUAGUAUGUGAGCUACAGUGAUGGGGCCAAGGUGCUGUGAUAUCUCUCUACUCAAUUACUGUCGCUCAUAUUUUUACCCUGAAAUCUGUUCAUUUCUACACUAUGCAUUCAUUUUCUUGUGAUUACAUUAACAUUUCUUACUUUUGUAUAAAUAUGUCUGUCAUGAAUAUUCACAAUCUGGUUUUAACUAGUCAUUGAUAUUAAUUAUUUAUGAAUAUGCAUGACUUUGUUUUAAUUUUCUCGUGAAUAUACAUCAAUAGACUAAUCUUUAUUUAUUUGUUGAAAUAUUUAGUUUUUAAGACUCUUUAAGUUAAUCUUCAUAGGCAGCUAUAUGUAUAUCCUUAGUGGUAGUUAGUGUAUAGGUAGUAUUUGUACAGUCUGUAUGUAGCGUAAGUAAGUGAUAUGUAUAGAGAGUAUAUAUAUUUACCUGUAUAUCUGUAAGUAAGAGAGAUAUGUAUACAUUAUGUACAGAGAGUAUAUUUCUAUGUAUGAUAGAAAGAGAGAUAGAAAUAUAUACAUUGUGUAAGCAUUAUGUACAGAGGGUAUAUUUCUAUGUAUGUAUUUGUAAGAAAGAGAGAUAGAAAUGUACAGAGAGUAUAUAUAUAAUUCCCUGUAUGUAUUGUAAAGUGAGAGAGAAGUAUAUAUAAUAAAUACAGUCUAUCUGUCAACUAUAGGCACUUUAUAUGUGGAAAAUGAAAGUACUGUAAGUAUUCAUAUUGAUAGUACAACAGUUUGUACUUAGCAAGCUUUGUAUGUGUAGUUGAGAGUUGGGUAAGUUAUGUAUGUAUGGAUAGGUACAUACCUGUAUGACUUAGCAUAAUCAUGUGUCUAUUAGUCUAUGACCUGAACACCAUACCUGAAGCUUGAACUGUGUUUCAGUCCAGGUUCAGGUGUGCUGAUAGAACUCCCGUUAGUGCUAGCUAGACCUCAGGCUUGUCCACCUCACAAGACUCACAAGACUCACCUCUCAAUAUAGAAGGGAAAAGCAAAAACAAGCAUCUAUCCUUAAUGACAUAACUUAACAUGUCCACUGAACAACGAUUAAGUUACAAACAACGAUUAAGUUACAAAUAUACGAUUAAUUUACAUGGUAGCACAUUUCCACCUGGUCAGUCUAUGGACUGGUUUAGCGAUUGAGAAUCUGGCCACUAAUAUACAAUGAUUAUGUGUGGUAUGAAUGUGUGCCAUGUUACUGUACCUGGUCUAUUACCUAAGUUAUCGCCCUGUUUAUCAAACCGAUCAGUGCUACACACUUCAUUAUUUUGUGCUAGCCUUUGCCAUAUGGCAAAGACAACUUCUCGAAAUUAACAGAUAAAAAUGCUACUUUUAAAAGUUAAUUUUUAAAACAUCUGUUAGGUUUUAUUUCUUUUUAAUAGUUUUAUUUUUGUACUUCUUAAGUUAUUUUUUAGUUAACAAAAUUAAGUAAUUUAUGAAAUUUAAAACUUGCAUGAAGAAGGAAAGUUAUUUAUCAUCAAUGCUCAUGUCCUACUUUUAUUUAGAUUUUUAUUUAUUUCCAUGGUUUCUAUUUAUACCAGAUAAUUGUGGUAUAUAUGUUUGCAAACAUUUUAUGAACUGAAAGCAUCAUAAUUACAACAAAAAUUCAAAUAUGCAGUAUUUUUACCAUUAUUUAUAUUUUUGUUAUACAUUUAAUCUUGCCAAGUACGGUAUUAAUGUGGAUUUGUAAACAAGUCAUGUGACCAGCAUUCCUCCAAUCAUAAAGCCUGUUUAUUGCUGCCUGGCUGUGGACCUGAUCAUACAGUAUGUCAUAUCUAGUCUAUUGUAUGUGAAAUAAAGGCUCUGAUCCUAA